AUGUCAGCCGCAAUCGGAGCCGUCAAGGAAGCAUUUUCGUCCGUGACCGGAUACAAUGCAAAGAGUGCCGACCUGGCCAAGGCGACGGUGGACGUGAGCACGGCGCCGACGAAGGGUAUUACGACCGACACCGGCGUCUUCGUCCCCGACACAGACAACUGGCUGCGCGCGACCGACGGUGCGCGCCCAGGCGCGAGCCUCCUCGAGGACCAGGUGGGCCGCGAGAAGAUUAUGCGCUUCGACCACGAGCGGAUUCCCGAGCGCGUGGUCCAUGCUCGUGGGGCCGGCGCCCAUGGGUAUUUCAAGGUUUUCGACGAUAGGGCGGCCAAGUACACCCAUGCGCCCGUCCUAACCGACCCGUCGCGGGUCACGCCCACGUUCGUGCGCUUCAGCACCGUUCAGGGUUCGCGGGGUAGUGCGGACACCGUCCGCGACGGGCGCGGGUUCGCGGUCGAGUUUUACACCGAAGAAGGCAACUGGGACGUCGUCGGGAACGACAUCCCCGUCUUCUUCAUUCAAGAAGCUAUCAAGUUCCCAGACAUCAUUCACGCCGUGAAACCUGAGCCGCACAAAGAGGUCCCGACCGGGCACUGGUCGGCGCACAACACCUUUUGGGACUUCGUUGGCCUCCAACCCGAGUCCGCACAUAUAGUUAUGUGGUCUUAUCGAAUGAUGCAAGGCUUCGGGGUGAACACCUACACGCUGCUCAAUGCAAACAAGGAGCGGUUCUUUGUCAAGUUCCAUUUUAUCCCGGAGCUCGGAGUCCAUAGUCUAAUGUGGGACGAGGCUCUCAAGAUCGCUGGUCAAGAUCCAGGUGCGCGCACGUUUCACACAGCCCUCGCCGAUCUCGAGGAGGCGAUAACGAGCGGCGCGUAUGCGAAGUGGCAGUUUGGCAUCCAGGUGAUUCCAGAAGCGAAGGAGAACGACUUUGACUUCGACAUCCUGGACGCCACCAAACCCAUCGGCGAGCUCGUGCUCAACCGCACCGUCGACGAGUACUUCGCCGAGACGGAGCAGGUCGCGUUCUGCACCUCCCACGUCGUCCCUGGCAUCGGCUUCAGCGACGACCCGCUCCUCCAGGGCCGUAACUUCUCGUACUUCGACACCCAGCUGUCCCGCCUCGGGAUAAACUGGCAGGAGCUCCCCAUCAACCGCCCGGUGUGCCCUGUGAUGAACCACCACCGCGACGGUCAGCACCAGCAGAAGAUCACGAAGGGCCCUAAUUACUGGCCUAACAGCAAGGCAGCCGCGCCCCCAGUACCGGUGAAGGACGGAGGUUAUGCCGAAUUUCCGCAAAAGUACCAGGGUAUCAAGCAACGGGUCCGCAGCGCGAAGUUCCAGGAGCACUACAACCAGGCCCAGCUCUUCCACAACUCCCUCAGCCCCCCAGAGAAGGCGCACCUCGUCGCCGCCUUCUCCUUCGAGCUCUCCCACUGCGACGACCCGCAGGUGUACGACACGUGCUCGAGGCUGCUCACCACCGUCGACUUCGAGCUCGCCACGCAGGUCGCCCAGGCCGUCGGCGCGCCCUCCCGCCGCGUCGCGAUCCUCGUCGCCGACGGCUUCGACCGCGCGCACGUCGACGGCGUCCGCGCCGCGCUCACGGCCGGCUGGCGACCACGUGGGUCGUCGGGCCGCGCCGCGGGCGAGGACGGUUCGGGCGAGGGGUACCCCGCGGACCACCACUACGAGGGCCAGCGGAGCACACGGCGAACGGCCGCGUUCGGGCACUGCAAGCCGAUCGGGGCGUUGGGGGAGGGCGUUGGCUUCCUACGCGAUGCGGUGCAGCUCCCAGGCGUGAAUUUUGCGCCGGACUUACAGUCCGAAGCGGUCACGAACUCGUACGGUGUCGUCACCGCGGGGAAGUAUGGCCUCGGAUCUGUGGCAGCUGACCUACUCUCCAUCAAGCGUGGUGAGCAGGGCUUCUUGCUCAACUUCGCGUACGAGGUCAGCCAGCAUCGGUGCUUCGCUCGGGAGACGGACGGGCUUACUGCGAAGGUGGCAUACUGA